UGUUCAGAGGGAAUGAGAAGGUAACUGACAGUGACUUGUGCUGCUAAGCAUUUGGUUGCAAGCGUUCUUUUUGUUCCAACCUUUUGGUUCUAUCAGCUGUCCUCUGCAGAAUUAACUCCUCCAAGGUCACAUCUGCAUAAGGCAAGUAACAACUCUUGGACCUCCAUAACUCUGAAGUUGAAUGAAUUGAUCAACAGCUGAGUCAAGGAUGGGUAGCUGACCAUGUGUGAGGGGACAACAGAAGUUAUAGGAAUGUGCUCUUCUGAGGAGCAAAACAUCAACCAGCUCUACCCUCUUCAAGCAGAGAAUUUUGAUCAAUGCAAAACCAUGUACAACAGUGAUGUGUUGAACACCAUCAAAAGAAGCCCCAGUUUUAUCAAGACUGGGCAAUGUUCAGCUAAAGUAAUCUUCAAGGAACAGGAUCACUUCAGAAAAUGGGUUCAUGAAAAUCUCAGAAAAAAGGAAUGCACCUAUUUUGCAAAGAGACAGACUGGGUCAGUAUGUGAAUGUGGGUACUCCAGAGAUUAUCACACUAAAGAGGCCAUUAACCUGGGUUGCUUACAAGGAGAGAAAUGGAGUUCCACAAAACAUCUCCAGCAUGUUCCAACUGAUGCAUUUGGAGACAUAGCAUUUGAAGGACAAGGACAGAAGAUUGGAAAGUAUGUCCGAGUCUCAAAUGACACUGCUCCAAAGACACUGUACCAUCUCAUGACCAAAUACUGGCGACUAAAUCCUCCACAUCUUCUCAUUUCUGUAACUGGAGGGGCAAAGAACUUUCAUCUGAAGCCAAGCCUGAGAUUCAUGUUCCGCAGAGGCCUCAUUAAAGUGGCUCAAUCGACAGGUGCGUGGAUUAUCACAGGAGGUUCCUUUGCUGGUGUGAUGAAGCAUGUUGGAGAGGCAGUGCGACACUGUAAAAUGACCAGUGGAUGCAAGGGAAGACAGAUUGUUGCAAUUGGUAUUGCCAGCUGGGGUAUAGUGCACAACCGAGAGAACCUAAUUGGGGGAGAGGGAAGUUUUCCUGUGGAUUAUUACAUGGAUGAGACAAAUCAGGGCAGGCUAUCAUGCUUGGACCACAACCAUACCCAUUUUAUCCUGGUGGAUGAUGGGACCCAUGGACAUUACGGUGUAGAGAUUUCCUUGAGGACCAAGAUGGAAAAGUACAUCUCAAAGCAGAGAAUGGGGACUGAAGAUGUUGGAAUCGAAAUCCCAAUUGUCUGCGUUGUCCUUGAAGGUGGACCUGGAACUCUGAAUACAAUACAUAGUGCGAUGGACAAUGGGACACCCUGUGUAAUAGUGGAGGGUUCAGGCCGAGUAGCUGAUGUCCUGGCUAAUGCAGCUGCCUUACCCAUGGCUCAGAUAACUAUCUCUUUCAUCCAGAAACAACUGCGCAUGUUCUUUGCUGAAAGUUACAACACAUUCUCUGAGCAGAAGAUAAUAUCAUGGACCAAAAAGAUUCAGGACAUAGUCAGGAUGCGGGAGCUGCUGACGGUCUUUCGGGCAGAGAAGUCAAGGAACGAUGAGUUGGACGUUGCUAUUUUGCAGGCCUUGCUUAAAGACCCGAGGUCCGUGAAUCCCCGAGCUUCUAGUUUGCGUGGGCAACAAGGACAGGAGAACCUGGACCAUCAACUGAAACUGGCUGUGGCCUGGAAUAGGGUGGACAUUGCCAAAAGCAACAUCUUUACUGAUGAUAAACAGUGGAAGCCCUCCCAUCUUCACCAAGCUAUGUUUGCAGCUCUCGUUGGUGAUAAGCCUGGGUUUGUUGAACUCUUCCUGGAGAAUGGGGUGAACCUUAGAGAAUUUCUCUCAUCAGAAACCCUUGUCCGACUUUACAACAACAUCCUGCCCUAUACUCUCUUGUACAAGAAGCUGCAGAAAGUGGUGAAAGGUGAAAAGCAGCCACAGAUCAGUGAUAGAGUGGAUGGCAAGAGGAAUGUCGUCCUCCUUCACCAUGUCUCCAUAGUCUUGCAGGAGCUGCUUGGUGAAUUCACAGAGCCGCUCUACAAGCAACUACAGGACGUACAGGAGAGAAGAAAGUUCACCAUCCCACCUAUAAAAGUUAAUGUCCUGCCAUCAACUCCCCAGGACAUGCAGUCCACUUACUCCAAGGAGAGUGAGAUCUGCAAGGAGGAAGCUGAGGACCCAGAGCGUGACCUCUUUAUCUGGGCAAUUUUACAGAAGCGAAAGGAUCUGGCAUCCAUUUUCUGGGAGCAGGCUAUGGACAGCACUGAUUCUUCACUGGUUGCCUGCAAGAUCCUGAAAAAAAUGUCCUCUGAAGAGAAUGACAUAGACCUGUCUGAGGAAAUGGAAGAGCUGGCCCAAGAGUACGAGGAUCGAGCCAUCGGCUUAUACACAGAGUGUUACAGAAAACACGCCAAGCGCGCACAGAAGUUGCUGAUUAGAGUAUCCACCACUUGGGGGAACACAACAUGCUUGCGCCUGGCAUUAGAAGCUGAGAGCCAGAAGUUCAUGGCACUAGGCGGUGUUCAGGCAUUGCUGACCAAGAUCUGGUGGGGUGAGCUCUCUGUUGACACAAACACAUGGCAGGUGCUGCUCUGCUUGCUUCUCUGGCCCAUCAUUUAUUCAAACCUCAUUACUUUCAGAAGGGAUGAAGAAAACAGAAAGAAAAAGCUAUUGAGCAAUAGUGAACUGAACGAUAAUCCACCUGUCAACGAGAACCUCAACUUAGUACACAUUGGACAACAUUCCAUCUCACCGACGGCCCUGUUGCCUCAUUCUGAUGAUCAGGAUUCAAAGCCACUGUCGCACUGGCAGCAGCUGAAAGCUUUCUACACGGCACCCGUGGUGGUCUUUUACUGGAACGUGUUGGCCUAUUUCGGCUUCCUGUGGCUUUUCUCCUAUGUUCUGCUCAUUGAUUUCCAGAGCCAACCUUCAGGAAGGGAAUAUUUUCUCUAUUUCUGGCUUUCUACCCUGGUGUGUGAGGAAAUAAGACAGCUGUUCUAUGAUCCAGGUGGGUUUGGGUUCCGUAGAAAAGCUCUCCUGUACAUCAGCAGCACCUGGAAUCGGAUGGACGUGGCUGCCAUUUUGAUUUUUGUGGUGGGACUCAUUUGCAGGUAUUUUCCUACAACCUUCUACCAGGGAAGGAUCAUUUUGUGCCUGGAUUUCAUCAUUUACUGUGUCAGAGUGAUGCAUAUUUUCACUGUUAGCAAAACUCUUGGGCCAAAAAUCAUCAUGGUGCAAAUGAUGAUGAAGGAUAUCUUCUUCUUUCUGUUCUUGUUGGUAUUGGCAAUCGUGGCUUAUGGUGUAGCCAAACAGGGCAUCCUUACCCACAAUGAGCAACGCCUGGCCUGGAUAUUCCAAGGGGUUGUGUACCAACCAUACCGAAUGAUAUUUGGAGAGAUCCCUGCUGAUGUCAGUUUUUCAGGCUUUGACUUAAGUCAGUGCACUGUGAAUGGCACUGACCCCUACAAGCCAAAGUGUCCUGUGCAUGACAGCAACAGUGCUCCCAUCUUCCCUGAGUGGUUAACCAUCACCCUGCUCUGUCUCUUUCUGCUUUUCAGCAACAUCCUGCUGCUCAACCUUUUGAUUGCAAUGUUCAACUAUACCUUUCAAUUGAUCCAGGAAAAUACAGACAAAAUCUGGAAGUUCCAGAGGUACCCCCUGAUUGAGGAGUAUUACUGCCGUCCUCCCGCACCCCCUCCCUUCAUCAUAUUUAGUCAUGUCUUCCUCUUAAUCGAACAAAUGACCAAGAGAAAAGCAAAACAGAAGCACAACAAGUUCAAGAAGCAGCUGGAUGACAAAGAGGAAGCUGAACUUUUGACCUGGGAGGCCAUAAUUAAGGAGAAUUACCUGAUCAAACUGAAACGCAAUCAGAGCCAGAGUCUGAACCAACAAAUCAGCUGUACCAUGGAAAAAGUGGAUACGGUGGUGGAGGCUCUUGAUGUGAACAGAGAAGGCAACAAAGUGGAACAAAGAAUCUGCCGCCUGGAGGAACAGAUGAUGCAGAGCAUGCGGGCCUUAAAUUGGAUCAUGAAUACACUUAUAGAAAAGGAUUUUGGCUCCCGGGAGAGUGCGCCUGCCCUGGUAAUUUCUGACAGUAAAAAUAAAGAGGAAGAAAUUGAAGAUGAAGAGAAGGAUCUCAAGCCUCUGCACCAUGUUAAUGCCCGAAGCAUGAUGUACCCAGAUACCAACAUCGAACGCUACCCUGUACCUGAUGAGAAGGUCCCCUGGGAGGUUAAAUUUGAUGGUUACACCCCUCCUACUUACACAGCUGAAACAGCAGGAGAUGAUCACUCUACUGGGUUGUCUAAAAUGAAAACUGCUCCAAAAGACGGCUCCCAGGACAGAGAUGCAGGUCCCAACACUAAUGCAGUUGACGAAUCUUUGCCCCAAAACCCAAAGGGAAGGACUGGCCUGGAUGGAAGAGGGAAGCUUCGCUAUUUUGGUGCAAAUCAUGCAAUGGAUCCCAUCAUUACACGCUUUAAGAGGAACUCGGGUAACUCAGCCACAGUAAAAGGCUGCAAGAAGGUACUAGAGUUUCUUGUUGUGCAAUAUCCAGAUGAAGAUUGGACCCUUCCUGCGGGAGUCCUGCAAUCCGGAGAGACAUUCCCAAAGAGUAUGAAGAUCAUUUUAAACCCAAAGAUGCUGGACAUGUUUCAGAAACUUAUGAAGGAAGCCUUUGAGGUUUACAGAGGAUAUGUGGAUGAUUCAAGGAACACAGAUAAUGCAUGGAUUGAAACUCUGGCCCUUAAUUUCCACCUGAAUGAUGACAAUCCAUUCAUAAAUUCAAUCACAAAUAGAGGUGGAUCUGGGACAAGCAGACGGAUGAAGAUUCCUUUGAUUAUGGAGGGUGCAGUGCAGCAACUAUCAGUGCAGUGGCAAGUUGUUGAGCAGGAUGUGCCAGUGUGUGUGUUGUACAAAGAAUACCUGCAGAAAGUGACUGAGAUCCAUGAUGCCUGUUUCUGAUCUGCUCACUUCGCUGGAAGACCAAUAUCAAAGUAGGAGUCAACCUUAACCAAGCCUGAACACCUGAGCACAAGGGAACUGGAUACAACUCACUCAGUGAAGCACCAUUUGUGAGGGCAAAUAGGGUAAAACAAUCUCUAAGCUGUGCAUGCAGUAGCUGCUGUAAUAAAUUGGUGCACCCAAUAUGGAAGCUCCUGUAAACUGACACCUUGCUCUUUUUUUUGCAUGUUCUACACCUGAGAUUAAAGGGAGAUAUAAUCUAUUGAAAUGUUGCACAAUAAAGAGAGAUCUCUGUACACUGA